AUGUCAGUGGAAGCAACACCAACGACUGCUGUUGAGUUAACUCAAAAAGAGAUCCUAUGUCAUGCAGGUGCGAUUGCUAAGCAUUUUAGAGACUAUAUAGACCGUAUCAAGCAAAAGCAGAAAAACUUUCAUAACUGGCUGAAGAAGGGAGAACAUCUUUCGGAAAGUGAGCGAAAGUGUUUCAGCCAUGAGUCAAUCAGGGACGCUACAACCUACUGGACCAGUAUCUCUCAGCAAAAGAAAUCUGAUUUUGACACUCAACAUCAAACGGGAUGGAGAUUUUGGGCGAAAACAUCCCAAACGGUCGCCGCAGCUGCUGGUCAGUUCCUAAAUGACUUCAAGCCCCUUGUUGAGUUUGCAUCAAAUUCAGGACCUUACGGAGGCCUUGCCGUUGGAGCGGUCAGCGGCCUCUUCGCCAUCGCGCAGAGUAAAAGCAAAACAGAUGAUAUCAUCGCAUCUGCAAUGGCAAAUUUGAUGGAUCGCCUACCCGGAUUCAAAAUGCUACAAGAAAUUUAUGACGAAUCUGAUGCGCUUCAGAAACUCCUCAGAGGAAAGGUCAUCCUUGCAUAUACCGGAAUCAUCGAAUUUGCUAUGGCUUCCGCCAAAUAUUACCUGAAGCUAGGCAUCAAGAGGUGGUGGCUGGCUACGUGGAACUCUCAGAAGUUCAUAGUGAUGGCUGACAGAGUGCAAGGCUUGGUCCUUGCAGUACGACUGCAAAGCGAAGACUUGCUCACUUCGACUGUAAAUUAUGUACGGAAACAGAACACUGAAUUGGCAAAUAAGGUCAAAGAGCUCGAAGCAGAGAUUACACAGCUUCAGAAAGAUAGCGAUAAUAACAAGCUGCUGAGCCUUAGGAAUCUCCUCAGGCUAAGCGGAUGGUCUCCCGAAGGUUGGUCGCAAAGCCUUCAUGAGUACAAAGGAGCUCUGGAAAGAGCGCGCAAAGAUAGUCGUAUCUUCGAAUGGAUGCAUGGCGAAAGCAUUGCAAAGUACAGAGACAAUGAUAAGUUCUUCAAGGACUGGAAUAAAUCCCACGAAUCAUCUAUGCUUCUCAUCAUCGGUUUAAAUCACAGAAGUUGCCGGCGGCGCGACCAUUGCUGGGUAUCACCUUUGGCUCUGCAACUCAUAGACGAAGCCCAAACCAAUGAUAUGGAGCUUGUUUAUCAUGUGUUCAACUUUGAAAGCUAUACUAGCAUUCAUACAGCGAUGGCUAAGUUAAUGUUUCAGCUGCUGAAACUGCAGAGACAUGUUAAUCUAGCCACGCUUUCCCCGAAGCUGGAGAAAUACCGCGAUGAACUAGAAAUUCUGGAGAAACAUCGUAACGAACGAAGCAGUAAGUACAGCAGCGGCAACAGCGAGGCGGUGAGGAAGGCUCUAAAAGAGGCAGCUGUCGCCAUUGUAAGGGACUUGGACCCGAAGCAGAGAAUUCGUAUCAUCUUGGACCGAGUUGAUCGUUGCGAAGGAAAAGAACAAGUGCAUCUUCUUCAUCUCUUGAUCCAGAUUAUGGAGGAAUCGCGUUGCUGUGUGAAGAUUUUUGCCGUCGCAAACGAGGCCUUUUGGGAGGUGGAGGGGUAUCAAAUCGAAGACUUCGAAAAGUACCAGAACUUUAAAAUGGUCACCAAACCCCGGAAGAUGACUAUUGGAGGAUAA